AAAAAAGGUUUGGAGGGAAGUCUCUGCGAAACAUGGUUGGACCUCUCUCUCUUUCUCUUUUCUUUCAAUCCAAAAAGCAUUUCACACGCUUAAAUUAAAAAUUCCCAUUUUCAUCGUCUUCUUCCUCGCAAAAACCCUUCUUUAUUUCCCAUUUUAAAUCACUUCUUCUCAUCCAUUUCAACCCCAACAUCGCCCUUCUCCAUCUACCUCUCUGUCUUGGACUCUACGCCUCUCAAGGCUUUUCCUUUCUGGGAAAUUCCAAUUCCUUGCUGGGAAUUGUCAAUUGGGUUAUUGGAUCGCUUGGAGUGAAUUUGGAUCGAAAAAGUUUAGAUUUUGAUUGAUCUUUUUGAGGACGAAUUAUGGGUAAUUGUUGCGUGACCCCAGCUGGAGUUUCUUCUCCACAUGAGAAGAAAGGAAAGAAGAAGAAGCAAAACCCGUUUGCUUUAGAUUAUGGGGCUAACCACCAUGUCAAUGGAGGGAACAAGCUCUCUGUGUUGGCAGACCCAACUGGACGUGAAAUCGAGCUUAGUUAUGAACUGGGCCGGGAGCUCGGAAGGGGUGAGUUUGGAAUUACGUAUCUGUGUACCGACAGGUCUACUGGGGAUACUUUUGCUUGUAAGUCUAUAUCGAAGAAGAAGCUUAGGACACCGGUGGAUAUUGAGGAUGUGAGGAGAGAGGUUGAGAUCAUGAGACAUAUGCCUAGACAUCCCAAUAUAGUAACCUUGAAAGACACUUAUGAAGACGAUAAUGCGGUUCAUCUGGUUAUGGAGCUUUGUGAAGGUGGUGAGCUGUUUGAUCGGAUUGUGGCCAGGGGUCAUUAUACUGAGCGUGCUGCUGCAGCUGUUACCAAGACUAUUGUGGAAGUUGUUCAGGUUUGCCACAAGCAUGGUGUGAUGCAUCGUGAUCUAAAACCCGAGAACUUUCUCUUUGGUAACAAGAAGGAAACCGCACCUUUGAAGGCAAUUGAUUUUGGGUUGUCUGUCUUUUUUAAGCCUGGUGAGAGAUUCACUGAGAUUGUUGGAAGUCCAUACUACAUGGCUCCUGAGGUGCUAAAACGGAAUUAUGGACCAGAGGUUGAUGUGUGGAGUGCUGGAGUAAUUCUGUACAUCUUGCUUUGUGGUGUUCCACCUUUUUGGGCAGAAACUGAACAAGGAGUGGCACAAGCGAUUAUCCGAUCUGUUCUGGAUUUUAAAAGGGACCCUUGGCCUAAAGUUUCUGACAAUGCUAAAGACCUUGUUAAGAAGAUGCUUGAUCCUGAUCCAAGACGCAGGCUUACAGCUCAGGAAGUACUAGAUCAUCCUUGGUUACAAAAUGCAAAGAAAGCUCCAAAUGUUUCUUUGGGUGAAACUGUGAGGGCAAGGCUCAAGCAAUUCUCUGUAAUGAACAAGCUCAAGAAAAGAGCACUGAGGGUAAUUGCUGAGCAUCUGUCAGUGGAAGAAGUUGCUGGUAUAAAGGAAGGAUUUAAUCUUAUGGAUACUAGCAGCAGAGGAAGGAUUAACAUGGAUGAACUACGAGCCGGAUUGCAUAAGCUUGGCCAUCAAAUUCCAGAAGCAGAUGUUCAUAUUUUAAUGGAAGCUGGUGAUGUAGAUAAGGAUGGAUAUCUCGACUAUGGGGAAUUUGUAGCCAUAUCUGUUCACCUAAGAAAGAUGGGCAGUGAUGACGAGCACCUUCACAAAGCCUUCGAAUUCUUCGACAAAAACCAAUCUGGAUACAUAGAAAUUGACGAGCUAAGUCAUUGCUUGGCUGAUGACAUUGAAGAAAACAAUGAAGAAGUCGUCGAAGCCAUUAUGCAUGAUGUGGACACUGACAAGGAUGGAAGAAUAAGUUACGAUGAGUUUGCAGCGAUGAUGAAGUCUGGUACAGAUUGGAGAAAAGCAUCGAGGCAGUACUCGCGAGAGCGGUUCAAUAGUCUAAGUUUGAAACUGAUGAAAGAUGGAUCCUUGGAGUUAAACAAUAAUGAAACUAGAUAGAACUGGAAGAACCAAAGGGGAUUUAUUUUUUUUUUGAGAAAAGAAUCAUUUAUUUUUUUGGCAUUUAUUUUCCAUGACUCCUCUGUUGCUUUUCUAAUUUGAGACAUCUUUCUCCUUUUUGUUUUUGAAAAGGGUUGGGGGAAUUGAUUUAGAAUUGAUUGCACAGAGUGUUAUUGUCUUUAAAGGUUGGAUAUGUUUCAUUUGUUUGUUGUAACUUUGUAAGGGAGUAGUUGGGGAAAGGAGUGGUUUCCAGAGAAAGAAAUAGUUGAUUGUAAAUAUAUAUUAAAAAUUGGCAAUAUUUUUAUUAGAAUCAUUCUCCUA